AUGAUAUUAUCAAACUGCUUUAUUGAAGAUAAAAGUGAUACGGCUUCGUUUGUCAUAACCAUUGCGAAGCCAUUCCAUGGAUUGCGAUCAAUUAAUAACUUAAAGGCAGGAGAGAUAGAAGAAACUAAUGACUCAGGAUUGGAAACUUAUAGAUCCGGUUGGAUAUUUGUCACUCGUGAUUAUCUAGAUUCUGCGGAUGAAAUCAAUUCACAAACUCAAUCAAUUACGGAAUCAAAUGAUAACAAAUCAGCAUAUAGUUCAUUGUAUAAAUUAGUAAGCAAGGACCAACUGUCUUCAAUCAGCAGAUCAACUAGCGAUAUUACUUCUACUUAUACCAGUGAUAUCACCAAAGAAGAACACCCUGAAUCUAAUCAAUCCCAGCACGUUGCAAACCAAGAGAAAAUUAGGUCAUCACAACGGAAACAUCGUUACUUUGCAAUGUUAAAACAUGGGAAUCUAUUCUUAUACAAAGAUGAAACUUUAAAGGAUGUCAAACAUGUAAUUGUUCUUUCAACUUUUUUUGUUACCUUGUGGCCAAGAGGAUUGACAGAUGCUCAGUUAUUCACAAAAUAUUCAGCCAUUGCAUUAAUAAAUGCCCAUAAAAUGACCACAACUUCCGAAUCAGCCCCCAGAGGAUCCUUUUUCAUUUAUUGUGAUGUGAAUUCAGAUAAAGAAGAUUGGUAUUUUGCCUUGAUUAGAGCUACAAAGGUAGAGAAAACCGAACUUCCAUCUACAUUGAACCCAGCCGUGCAUGCAAAGACUUUACACUUUGACACAAAGGAUAUGAUCAAUUUAAUCCAAACCUUAUACAGCUCUGAAGGUCAAUUGCAGACAAAAUGGUUGAAUGCGUUACUUGGAAGGAUAUUCCUCUCAAUGAAGGGAACCAAAAAAAUGGAGGACUAUAUUCAUAAGAAGCUAAGUAAAAAAUUAGAUAAAAUCAAGAAGCCAGGGUUCCUUGAUAAGUUCCAAAUCAGAAGCAUAUACCCUGGAGAUGCUGCACCAUUUUUAACCAAACCAAGUUUAAAAGAAAUAAAUCCUGAUGGGACAGUAAUAUUGUCCGCCUACAUUUCAUAUACUGGAGGAUUAUCCGUAACUAUAUCCACGAAAGCAAAUAUUAAUUUAGGGGCAAAAUUUACAAAGGGUGAAGUUGAUGUAGUCUUGCGUGUAACUCUAUGCAGAUUCGAAGGACCUGUGUUAGUAAAAAUCAAACCACCGCCAACUGGCCGAAUUUGGUAUAGUUAUGAAAUUGAACCAACCAUGAAUAUCAAGAUUGAACCUGUGAUCAGUUCACGACAGAUCACUUAUAAUCUUAUUACCAAUUAUAUGGAAAAGAAAAUCAAAGAAGCAAUUAAAGAGAGUUUGGUGUUACCUAAUUGGGAUGACAUAACCUUCUAUGAAACAACUGAAGAAUUGUACAGGGCUGGUAUAUGGGAUCCCAACAGGCAUGAUUUAAAUGCUGAAUCCAAUUCAGGAAGCGUGACGACAAAUAGCUCAGGAGCUGAAGAUACAGGCAGCACUGAUGGUUUCCCUCCCCUAACAGAAGAUGACAUCGAGGCUAAGUCAGAAUUAUCUGCAAAGCUUGCCAAUUCCAAAACAAAAUUAACAAACACGUUAACCGAUUUGUCAAAUAAAAUGAAAAAGAAAAGCACAUCUACGCUAUCGAAUCAAGCUAGUGAACCUGAUGGGAAAGCCUUAAGAACCGAUGGUGACAGCACCACGAACAAUUCUAUGGCAAUGAAUACCCUUAAGAAAAUCGGGAAAUGGUACUUUAAGGACGACAAAGCAAGAAAGGAUGACACAUAUACCCCACCUGAGAUGAUACUGAGUCGAAGGCAACCUAGGAGACCUUCAAAUGCAUCAUCAAGUCCCAACAAUGAAUUUAAGUAUCACAAAAAUGAGUCUAAUUCCUUGCAUCCAUAUAACGAACAAGAGAACAAAGUUCAUAAAGUGCCGUCUUACGAUUUCGGAAAACUCGAUACUGGAGACGACGUGCACUCUCUGAUAUUUGCAUCCCCUAUUCAUGUUCACCAAGAAGGUAUCUCGGUAAUGUCCGGCGACGAUGCCUCAAUAAGAAGUGAAUUGUUGGUCAGCGAACCUACGGUUGGAUUAACGCAACCCUCAAGGGCAAGAACUAUAACGAGAAAACCUCCUCCAAAAUCUCCGUUGCUUGAACCCAGUGAAACAUUGAAGACAGAAACCGUUGGGGAUGACUCAAUUGGGAAAGACACCGAAAACCGGGAUAUGCCAACAACAAAACCACCGUUACCUCCGAGAGAGUCUACCGCACGAACGCCGCCCGCCUUGCCCCCAAGAGAAGUAAAUACUUCCACUAUGUCAUUGAAUGGAGAAAAUGAAAAUGCAGUCUCUGAAGAAGUCUCUAUCUCAGGAAAAUCAACUGAGGAGAUUCACAGUUUGUAG